CGUCUCAUUUUGUUGCCGUUGAGCGAAGAAAACGCGAGCACGAAAAAUUUGUUAUAAACCAAAAUUGUUAUUAGUCUAGUGAAACAGAAAAAUGUUUGCGUUGUGGUACUUGUCUUUUGCCAUCGAUGAAAUAAGAAAACAUUUCGGUUGGUUUUUCGGUAAUUUAAAUAUAAAGCUUGGCAAAAAUGCCAUCGAAAAUAAGGAACAACCACUACAGCAACAACCAGCAGCAAUAAACAAAAUUACAGACAAUAAACCAGUACCUGAGCCCAAACCGGUAAAACCAGAAAUAAAACCCGUCACCUCUACUCCGGUAGCUCCAACUCCAGCAAAACCGAUUGAGAAACCAGCGCCAGCAACACCCCCUUCGACACCAAUAUCAAGCCCAUCAGUAAAACCAACAUCAAGUAUUGCUACUUUGAAAAAAGAAUUAGUGACCGAUGCCUUAGAUAAAAAACUACAGGAGGCUGGCAAACCUUUCCAAAAUGGCAAUGAAAACCUUAAGGAUAAUUUGAAGGAUGCCACAACCGGUUUUUUACAAAAGGAAUCUCAAAAACAGACAGAAAGAAAAUUAAACAUCAUGGUUGACGCCGCUGUUAUUGCUAAAUUGGAAGAGGGUUACGCCAAGUUGGCUGCCUCUGACUCCAAGUCAUUGUUGAAGAAGUACUUGACUAAAGAAGUUUUCGACAACUUGAAGAACAAGAAGACUCCAACUUUCGGUUCGUCUUUGCUGGAUGUCAUCCAAUCUGGUUUGGCCAAUCAUGAUUCCGGUGUCGGUAUCUACGCUCCUGAUGCUGAAGCUUAUACUGUCUUCUCUGAUCUGUUCGACCCCAUCAUUGAGGACUACCAUGGUGGUUUCAAGAAGACCGAUAAGCAUCCACCAAAGGACUUUGGUGAUGUAAGCACUUUCGGAAACUUGGACCCCAACAAUGAAUUCGUCAUUUCCACCCGUGUACGUUGCGGUCGUUCCUUGGAAGGUUAUCCUUUCAACCCAUGUCUCACCGAAGCCCAGUACAAGGAAAUGGAAGCUAAAGUUUCAAGCACUUUGUCUGGAUUGGAAGGCGAAUUGAAGGGCAAAUUCUACCCAUUGACUGGCAUGGAGAAAUCCGUUCAGCAACAAUUGAUAGAUGAUCAUUUCUUGUUCAAGGAGGGAGAUCGCUUCUUGCAAGCUGCCAACGCUUGCCGUUACUGGCCAUCUGGACGUGGUAUCUACCAUAACGACAACAAGACUUUCCUGGUGUGGUGCAAUGAGGAAGAUCACUUGCGCAUCAUCUCCAUGCAAAUGGGUGGUGAUUUGGGUGAAGUGUUCCGUCGUUUGACAAACGCUGUAAAUGAAAUUGAGAAGCGUAUUCCUUUCAGUCACGAUGACCGUUUGGGCUUCUUGACCUUCUGCCCCACCAAUUUGGGUACCACCAUCCGUGCCUCCGUGCACAUUAAGCUGCCAAAAUUGGCCGCCAACCUUGCCAAAUUGGAGGAAGUUGCUGGCAAAUAUAACUUGCAAGUGCGCGGUACUCGUGGUGAACACACUGAAGCCGAAGGUGGUAUCUAUGAUAUCUCCAACAAGCGCCGCAUGGGUCUCACUGAAUACCAGGCCGUCAAAGAGAUGUACGAUGGCAUCACUGAACUCAUCAAGAUCGAAAAGAGCAUGUAAAUUGCUACAAUAGCAAUGUAGCGUUAUUUCGACUCACUAGUUUAGUAUGUGUGUCGGAAAGUUCAUUUGUAGUCAAACAGAUGUUGUGUAGUUUAGAGUGUGUUAAGUGAAAAUGGGUGGUGCGGCAAUGACAGGUCCUGGCAUUUUGAAAGAAUACUAAUUGAGAAGCUGCCCUUGCUGCCUGUAAAUUCCCUGCGUGCGUAAUGCCUUCCUGGAGAAGAAGAACCACAACAUCGACAACAACACAUGAAAACAAUCUUAUCCUUAUAAAAAAAAAAGCAAAAAAAAACGGAAGAAGGCGUCAAAUGUUUGGACUUUUUUGUGAAACUGGAAAUAAAACACAAAUAUUUAUAAUUUUAAGUCUUAAGUUUAUAAAAAGAAUAAACAUUAAAAAAUAAAACUUAAAAGAAAACUCUAAA